CUUGGGAAAUUAACCAAAUGUCCAAACGGCAAGCGUAACAAGGCAGCCCGGAAAAGGAUAUGAAUUAAUUAAUCCAAAUUCUAACCAAAAACCAUAAAGAAAAGUAGGAGUUGAUCAGCUUCUUCAGUUCAUCAUUCUUGAAAAUCUUUUAUCCAUCAGUUUUGAUUUUUCCUGUCCAAAACCCUAAAAUUUCACUCUUUCACAUUCAAACCCCCCAAUUUCUCAAUCGGCUUUGAUUUUUGUUGAAAAUGGCGACAAGAAAUCGGACAACACUGUUCAGAAAGCACAGAGAUGCAAUUAAAGCUGUUAAAAUGCCGGAUUCGUCGUUAAUGGGCGGCGGAGGUGGCGGCCGAAAUGGUGGUCCGGUGAUCGAGAUGACUUCACUCCUUAAUUCGCACGCAUCUUCUUCCUCUUACACUCCUCUCAGUACUGAAGAUCCCUCUACUUCCAGAGAUGCACUGACAGUGGGUCUACCACCAGCAUGGGUGGACAUUGCAGAAGAAAUAACUGCAAAUAUUCAACGUGCUCGAAUCAAAAUGGCAGAGCUAGUGAAGGCUCAUUCAAAGGCUUUAAUGCCAUCCUUUGAAGAUGGUAGGGAAGAUCAGCGCCAGAUUGAAGGCCUUACCCUAGAUAUUACUGACCUAUUGAGGAGAUCAGAAAAAAGGUUAAAGGAGCUUUCAGUACGUGAUCUUUCUGAGGAUUCUGGUGUUCGGAAAAAUGUACAGCGUUCUCUUGCUACAGAUCUCCAGAACCUUUCUGUUGAAUUACGUAAGAAGCAAUCAACAUAUUUAAAGCGACUUAGGCAACAGAAGGAGGGAGCUGAUGGUGUUGAUUUGGAAAUGAACUUAAAUGGGACCAUGCUGAAAGAUGAAGAAGAUGAAUUUAGUGACAUGGGUUUUGACAAUCAUCAACUUUCCGAGUUUAAAAAAAGCGAUCAUUUGACAGCAGAAAGGGAAAGAGAGAUCACUCAGGUUGUGGAGUCUGUGAAUGAACUUGCUCAGAUCAUGAAAGACCUUUCAGUUCUUGUGAUUGACCAGGGUACUAUAGUUGACCGAAUAGACUACAACAUCCAGAACGUUGCAACAUCAGUUGAGGAGGGCUUCAAACAGCUUCAGAAAGCGGACAGAUCACAAAAAGGGGGUAUGGCACGAUGCGCAACAAUUCUCAUUAUUAUGUGCUUAGUUAUGUUGGUGCUUCUCGUUCUUAAAGAGAUAAUAUUCUAGCCAAAGUAGAAACUUUUGUCACGUGUCUCCGGUAGUAUUGGCUCGGCAUCUCGCAAUUUGAUUAGCUUAUUGAUGCUGAGGUUCAGUGAGAUCAAGAAAUUUGUUCAUUGUAAUUACAGAAAAACCAGACACAAGCUCUGCACCGAUUAUUUUCCGGGUCCUGAUGUUUGGUUUGUGACACGGAAACCACAUUUUCUGAUGAAUUUGGUUAAUAGCUAGUAAAGAAAGUUUUGUAACGAUAUCCAGCUGGGGAUGAACUAUCCAUUGUAUAUGUGAUCUUGAUCUGUCAGUGUUCUUGACUGUUAAUUGAUUUAUUAUGAUGAAGAAUUGAAGAGCAGAUUCGUCAAUGGUCAGGUGCUGCUUUUGUAUCAGCUGGGGUGAAUGUGCAGUCUAGUUUAGCAAAUCUAUAAACUUUCAGGAAAUAUAUUCUUUAUACGAAGUAUUAUUUUUCCAAACA